AUGAGUGACGAUCGACGACUGCGUCAUCAUGAUCCUGAAUAUUCAACACAGAAGGGAACACGAGAUUUUUCUGGACGACCUCAGUUACCUCGAAUCUUGGGUCAUGAAGGAAUUGGUGAGAUCGUCGAGCUGGGCUCGAAUGUUCGUGAUCAUCUGAAAAAAGGAGAUAUUAUCGGUGUGCAAUGGAUACACAAAACCUGUCUGCAUUGUGAAUAUUGUCUGACAGGACGAGAAACACUUUGUAAACAGCAGCAAAAUUCUGGUUUCUCAAUGGAUGGCUGUUUUGCGGAAUAUGUUCUGAUGGAUGCUGAUUUUGCUGUUAAGCUUCCUGAUGGCAUGGAUCCAUAUACAUCCGCACCACUCUAUUGUGCGGGUGUCACUACAUACAAAGCUCUAAAAGUGUCUAAGGUUCGAGCUGGCGAAUGGGUGUCGAUUGUGGGUGUAGGUGGUCUUGUUUAUGAUGGUCCAAGUGAUCAGCAUGGCAAAUGGGUUCGACAAAAAGUGGGAGGUGUUCAAGCCACAAUCGUUGCUGUUCCUCUGAUUCAAGCCUAUGAGGAAGCAUUCAAAUCGGUGAAACGCGGCGGUCGUAUCGUGGCUAUUGGAUUGCCCGCCGGGAAAAUGUCUAUAUCGGCCAUUGAUUGUAUUUUGCGUGAAAUCCAACUGAUUGGUUCCACUGUUGGCACACGUAAAGACUUACAAGAAGCAUUGGAAUUGGCCAAAUUACGUAAGAUUAUCUGCAAAGUAGAAAAGCGCAAGUUGGAAGAAAUUAAUCAAAUCUUCGAUGAUAUGCUCAACAAUAAAAUUAGCGGCAGAGUUGUCAUCGACUUUUCAAUGCAAUAA